AGAGUGUACGUCAUCUGGAAAGUUCAGGCCAAUCAUUAAAUUAUACACACUUUGCCUUUUUUUCAAAUGAGAUGUAUUACCAUUCAGCUCUACCUAAAACGGAAAAUGAAAAACUGUUGUCUACAGCCCAUACAGGGUUGAAAUAAGACACACAAAUGCUACAUGGAAAUGGGAAAUAAUGAAUUUGUAUGUCUUGUUCCAACAUGUGUUAAUAAUUAGAAUAAUAGUAACUGUUUAGAGAUAUCUGAUUCGAGGAAGCCAGUUAAGAACAACAGAAAAUCACGUUUUUUUAGUGGCUACACAGUUACAUCAAAUCCUCUGUAUUGGCCAAAAAAGGCUCUAAAGGAGUAUUGGAUUUCUUAUGUAAACACAUUGACUCGUUUUAUUGUUAUUGCAGUGCAAAAGAAGGCCUUUCCAGGUAAGCGAAAAGCAUAAUAAUGGAUUUGUGGGUAUAGUGGUCCAUCGCUUCCUUUACGCACAUCCUGCCAAUGCAUCCGUCUACCAAUCAAUCAGUGAACACUGUUAUCUGUCCCUGAUUUGAGGCUAUAUUGCUCACACCAAACUUGUGGUAUAAAAAGAGCAGAUCUGCUCGUUGUGCACCAGAAGCGUCACACUUGUUGUGCACAUACAGUCUUCACAGGUAACAGACAUGUCAGGGAAAGUUAUUGUGGUGUUUGCACUGUUGGUUGCACUGCUAGUAUUCUCUGCAGCUGGAGAAGCUGAAGAGACUAAACUACAGCAGCUUCUAGCCAAGAGGGAGAAAGUGAGAGGCUCAGCUGACAGACAGAAGCCGGCGCCUCAGGCUUCCCCUGCACGGAUGGAGAGACGGGCACACCUAUCGGAGGAUGAACGGGAGAUUAUGACAAAGCAAAUAAUGCAAGCAAUUUCAGAGAUGAUGAACUCUGAGUGCAUGUCGGAUCGGGACUACCAGGGCUGGGUGGACUUCGGACGCCGGGACGCAGAAUGAGACACAACAAUGCCAACAACGACCCGAGAGCUCAGACUUACGGCUUUUUGUUCACAUCUUAUAUAAAGUCAAUGUUUUACUUUCACUGCAACUUUAUAAAUAAAACCAUUUUGCA